GCAAGCGCGAGUGACAACGAGGACCUGUUUUGCGCGCCAUCAUGAAGUUUUGCCUCGUUGCCCUGGCCGGCCUCGUGGCCGUGGCCGUGGCCAACCCUGCUAGCAGCGGCGCACUCAACGACCGGGUGAACAAGUUUCAGCGCAUCCGAAUUCAUCCCGACCAGGUGACGACGCCGUCCCGCUACACGCGUGAUCUCACCCCCAAGACCCGUAGCUUUUCCCUCAACAUUCCCGUCUACGAUGAGGAGCUGACCUUGAUCGUCCAGCCCAAUACCGAGCUUUUCUCCGAUCGCGUACAAAUCAUCGAAGUCCAUGAGGAGGGUGAGCGCCCCUACAGCCUCGACCACCUCUCCUUCUACCGUGGCUACGUUGCCCAAUAUCCAGAUGCCUCCCACCUCCACCUUCGCGUCGACAAGAACGGCUCGUGCUUUGCACAGAUCAUCACCCCCACGGAGAUGUACGCUGUCGAACCGGCUGCCUGGCACUUUGACAACGCCCAGCACGACGAGCACGUCGUCUACCGCCUCUCCGACCACGUCAACCCCGUGAGCCCCAACCACUCCUCGUGCAAGGUCAUGACCUUUGACGGCCCCGAAGACCCCGAGGCCGCCAAACCCGUCCCCUUCUUCCGCAACAACACCACUACGCGCCACCGCCGCGAUCCCUUUGACAACUCGCGCACGGCCUGCGACGUGGCCGUCAUUGCCGACCGCAACUUUUACACCAGCAGCAGCGACGGCGACAGCGAUAUCGGUCGCACCGUCGAACUCCUCGUCAGCUCCUUCAGCAAUGUCCAGCAACUCUACGAGGACAACAACAUUGAAGCUGAUGGCGUUUUCGUUGGCAUCAAGAUUGGCCGCAUCGAGGUCAUCACUUCUAGCUCUGAUCAGCGCUUUGUGCUCGAUACUACAUCGGGUGAAGACUUUCUGCACAACUUUGCCGGCGAAAACUGGGAAGACUAUUGCCUGGCCCAUCUCGUCACCCACCAAGAGUUCUCGGAUGGUCUCCUCGGUCUCGCCUACCUCGGCCGUGCCGACUCGACCCCUGGCGGCAUCUGCCAGAAAAAGUCUAGCAAUGUGUACACCAAUACGGCCUUCAGCACAACGCUCAACUAUGGCUCCGCAGUGCCUGAACUGACCCAUUGGCUCGUCAUUGCCCAUGAGAUCGGUCACAACUUUGGUAGCACCCACGAUGAUCCCUCCGGCAGUGCCAAUGGCGAGUAUCUCAUGUACCCCGUCUCGGUCGACGGAUCUGAGUCGAACAACUUCCUUUUCUCACCCGAGUCCAAGAGUCUCAUGACGGCCGUAGUUGAGGCCAAGGGCGGUUGCUUUGUCGACAGCGAUGCCUCCAUUUGCGGUAAUCUGGUGCAGGAAGGUGAUGAGGAGUGCGAUUGUGGUACUGCCUCUGGUUGUCCUGCAGCAGAUGAGUGCUGCAACGUGUUCUCCCAAGGCAGCGCCGACAACUGCAAUUUGCGAGCUGGCAAGCAGUGCUCGCCGUUCCACACCGUCAAUGGCGCCUGCUGCAAGUCCGACUGCAGCUUCCAGAAUGAUGGCUUUGUCUGCCGCGAAGAAAGCCAGUGUGUUCGUGAAGCCACCUGCACGACUGGAGAAUGCCCCGCAGCUGAUUAUUAUGUCGAGUCCACCUACUGUAGCGCUUCUUACAAGGACAAAAUGUGCUCUGAAACCGGCAGUGGUGACACCACUCGCUGCACGCUCUCCAUCUGUGACGCAUUCGGUCUUGAGGAGGGCUUUUUCAGCACGGAGAACCAGUGCAAGGUUUCAUGCGUGGAAGACGGUGAGGUCAAGCUGUUGGAGAACGUCAACGCGGCCCUUGCCUACAACCCGACCCUGCGUUCCGGCUCUUCCGACGCCGGCUUUUCCAAGCAAAGCCUGGACCGCAGCCCUGGCUCCAAGUGCAACUACGUGGGUGACAACGGCGAUGUUCGUAUUGGUGUCUGCACAACCGAAGGCAACUGUGAAUCAGCUGAAGGUGGCCGCACGGCUUUUGACGAUGUGGAGAAGUUUUUGCGCAAUCUCUCCGUGGAUGACAUUUUGAAUUGGGCCCUGCGCACCGAUGCCUACAUUCCCAACUAUGGCUGGCUUUUGAUUGGCUUGGGUGUAUUGGCUCUCUUGAUUGGCCUGCUGUGCCAUUGCUCCAAUAAGAAAGACUCGGGCCGUGGCAUCAAGGGCUAAACCGCGUCCAUCACAUUUAUCAUGGGAUUGUCUUGCUGUGUACUGACAUUUAAAAUGAUUGUUACCACCUUUGUUUCUCCUACAUUGUUGUGCCUCAUUGCACUCUGAUGCGAGUUGUUGAUGCAACGUCUGGUGCGCUCUGAGUCGACAUGUGAAUCAGAGUACAGAAAAGCAUGGCUACCCAGAUGGGAACAGGGCGUUUCUCGUUCGGGUUUUGAGCUCCCACCACGAGAUGACCCUGACUCACAGCGCGAAAGUGAGAGCCCAACAUAAAAAGUUGGGUGUCAUAUGGAUGAGUUCGCCUGAAGGGGGCAGCCUGCUUGUUGGCUCUUGUCUACACGCACUUUUUAACCCCAACAGAUGCUAGAUGAAUUGAAACACAUUGCAUUGC